UUCGGGUACCCCUACCUUGUGAGAUAUCGCAGGUUUUGUAAAACAGAAUUAAACCCUGAAGAAACCCUCGUCUCCGACUAUCGUUUCUACCAUUGACAAACUCAUUUACACCUGAGAUGAUUAAAGGAGGCAGAGCAACCGUGCUAACAUUUGCUGAAAAAAGCAAGAAUAUAUUGGACUCAAAUUGGCAAGGUUACCUUAAUACCGUGAAGGCUGAUGCUAAAGGAAGCAAAGGGGAAAUAUACACUUCAAAAGUCCGCUAUUUGGUCAAGAGAGGCAAGCCCUACGUCUGGGUAGCCGAAAAUGAUAUGCACAAUGUGAACACAAUGAUAGAUGAGCGUGGAUCUUUUGCUGUGACGAGUCCCAUGCCAGGUCCACUGGCAAAUCUACUCAAGUCCAUCAAGAAACUACCAGCUCGGGUUGCUCUGAUGGGUGAAGUUCUGCCUCUUAAAGAUGAAAAGGCUAAAUUAGCUAGAGAGAGCCUUAAGGAAGUCAUAUCAUCUGAAAGGAGCAUGAUAGAGAAAUUCUCUUACUCCGUUUUGGGUAUAUUGAGUUCAUCUUCCCUUGGUGUUACAUGCCGAGGUGACAAUCUCCAGGAAUUAUUUGAUGCGGACAAAGGAUAUGUUGUGUUCAAGUUCAAUCCAAGUUCAUGCAUGUAUAUUGAUAGUACUGGAGGGACUCAUGAAGUAGAUCUUGAAGAAGUCCAAGCAACAAAGCCUGAUCCUUUAUCAUCAUAUACUAUGAGCCUAAUUGAUGGAAUUAAUCAAAGUGAGGCGAGGCGUAGAGCUCUUAUUCUCUUCUGCAUCACACACUUGAGUAAGAAUGCAAAGGAUGCCUAUCUGCUUUCUAUAGAUCAGAAAGGAUUUGAUGUGAUGGGGAAAGUUCUAGGUCCAGUGAGGAGCGAUGGUUCUCGUGAAUAUCAGUGGAGGGAGUUCAGAAUUCCAUUGAGAGAAGAGGCACACAGUGUUGAAAUAUUCUGCCGUCAGCUUGUUGAAAUGGAGGAGAAAGCGCUCAAGAGCUUCUCUAACUUUACUGGCCUAUAAAUAAGGGUAGAAUCAGCUUGUAUCGGCAUCACCUGACUGGUGUGAAGAAAAAGCAAGGAGUAAUGAUAGACAAGCUCCAGAGGGAACAACUGCGACCUGGGUCACUUUUGACAGAGAAGAGGGAACUGCGAUGGAGGGCCCUAGCAAGGAACAGAAAGAUGCAUUGCAUUUUAUUGCAGAAGAGUGAGCUUGUGAGUUGGACUGUGUGCAUGUCCGUUCUUUUAACCUAAGCUUCUGAAAUUUUGUAAUCAUAAAAUAUAACCUUAGCUAAGACAUUACACCUAAGUUUGAGGAACGUGAUUCAUUUCAUUGUGAUGUAGACUGCUAAAAGCUCAUCGUUGGUACGUGUUUGCAUAUCCUCACGUAUACUCAAGGAAACGUGUUUCAUUAGAUAAAGUCAUACCGCAUUUAUUUAAGGGAAAAGGGUCAAAAAUGCCCCUCAACUAUGGGAAAUAGAGCAAAUUUGUCGUUAUUUAAA